AUGACACCUGGUGUACUUCAUAAGAUGAUUGUUGAUGGUGAAUUAUUGAAUCAUCCAUUUGAAUUUGAAAUCAAAGUAUUAAAGAUGACAACCGAAAGAAGAAAAGUUGCAUUGAUUUCAGGUAUCACCGGUCAAGAUGGUUCAUACUUGACAGAGUUCUUGUUGGAGAAAGGCUAUGAAGUACAUGGUAUCAUUCGUAGAUCGUCUUCAUUCAACACCAGCAGAAUUGAACAUCUCAAUUUCACUGGUCCAACUGCAAAAUUACAUUUACAUCAUGGUGAUCUUACAGAUUCAACCAAUUUGGUUUCAAUCAUUCAUAGAGUAAAGCCAACUGAAAUCUAUAAUCUAGGUGCACAAUCACAUGUAAAGGUAUCGUUUGAAAUGUCAGAGUACACUGCCGAUGUCGAUGGUGUUGGUUGUCUUCGUAUUCUCGAUGCCAUUAGAUCAUGUGGAAUGGAAAAUGUCAUUAGAUUCUAUCAAGCAUCAACUAGUGAGUUGUAUGGUAAAGUACGUGAAAUUCCACAAACAGAAUUGACUCCAUUCUAUCCACGUUCACCAUAUGCUGUUGCCAAACAAUUUGCAUUUUGGAUUUGUGUUAAUUAUCGUGAGGCUUAUAAUAUGUAUGCUUGCAAUGGUAUCUUGUUCAAUCACGAAUCACCAAGAAGAGGUGGUACCUUUGUAACCAGAAAGAUCACUAGAUUCGUUGCACGUAUUGCUCAGGGACACAAAGAGGUUCUCACUCUUGGAAAUAUCAAUGCCAAACGUGAUUGGGGACAUGCCCGUGACUACGUAGAAGCAAUGUGGUUGAUGCUCCAACAAGAGAAGGCCGACGAUUUCGUUAUUGCCACUGGAGAGACACAUUCGGUACGUGAGUUUGUCGAAAAAUCAUUCCGUGAGAUCAACAUCACCAUCAAGUGGCGCGGUGAAGGUCUCGAUGAAGAAGGUUACAACGAAGGCACCGGUGAUGUAUUGGUGAAGAUCGAUCCACGUUAUUUCCGUCCAACCGAAGUAGAUUUACUCCUUGGUAAUCCAGCCAAAGCAAAGAGAGAACUCAAAUGGGAAAUCAAGACAUCUUUCGAUGAUUUGGUCAAGGAAAUGGUUGCCAAAGAUGUUGAAUAUCUUUCUAAAGGUCAUGAUCAAUUUAAUUAA